AAAGUUGCCUUUGACGACAUUGGCUCAGUGUUUGAUGGAAGGGUCAGCCAUCCUGGGAGAUGACACACUUCUUGGGAAAAUGCUGAAGCUCUGUGGAGAGACAGAGGACAAGCUGGCUCAAGAGCUGAUCCACUUUGAGCUGCAAGUCGAGAGGGACGUGAUUGAGCCCCUGUUUCUGCUGGCUGAGGUGGAAAUCCCGAACAUUCAAAAACAGAGGAAACAUCUAGCGAAGCUGGUGCUGGACAUGGAUUCUUCCCGGACCAGGUGGCAGCAGACUUCCAAGUCUUCAGGGCUGUCCAGCAGCUUACAGCCUGCAGGUGCCAAAGCUGAUGCCCUCCGGGAAGAGAUGGAGGAGGCUGCCAACCGAGUGGAGAUUUGCAGGGACCAGCUCUCCGCAGACAUGUACAGUUUUGUGGCCAAAGAAAUUGACUAUGCAAACUACUUUCAAACGCUAAUAGAAGUGCAAGCCGAGUACCACAGGAAAUCGCUGACACUAUUGCAGGCUGUGUUACCUCAAAUCAAAGCACAGCAAGAGGCCUGGGUGGAGAAGCCUUCCUUCGGGAAGCCCUUGGAGGAGCACCUCACCAUCAGCGGCCGUGAGAUUGCCUUCCCCAUCGAGGCGUGCGUGACGAUGUUGCUGGAGUGCGGGAUGCAGGAGGAGGGCCUCUUCCGCGUAGCUCCCUCGGCCUCGAAGCUGAAGAAGCUGAAAGCUGCCCUGGACUGCUGCGUGGUGGACGUGCAGGAGUACUCAGCCGACCCCCACGCCAUCGCAGGAGCUCUGAAGUCCUACCUUCGAGAGUUGCCAGAGCCCCUCAUGACCUUUGAGCUCUAUGAUGAAUGGAUCCAAGCUUCCAAUAUCCAGGAGCAAGACAAGAGGCUCCAGGCUCUGUGGAACGCCUGCGAGAAGCUGCCCAAGGCCAAUCAUAACAACAUCCGAUACUUGAUCAAAUUUUUAUCCAAGCUGUCAGAAUAUCAAGAUAUAAACAAGAUGACUCCCAGUAACAUGGCGAUUGUCUUGGGACCCAACCUGCUGUGGCCACAAGCAGAAGGGAACAUCACCGAGAUGAUGACCACGGUUUCCCUGCAGAUCGUUGGCAUUGUGGAGCCCAUCAUCCAGCACGCGGACUGGUUCUUCCCCGGGGAGAUAGAGUUCAACAUUACAGGCAAUUAUGGGAGUCCAGUCCACGUGAAUCAUAAUGCCAACUACAGCUCAAUGCCCUCCCCAGACAUGGACCCUGCCGACCGGCGCCAGCCAGAGCAGGCCCGCCGGCCCCUCAGCGUCGCCACGGAUAACAUGAUGCUGGAGUUUUACAAAAAGGAUGGCCUUAGGAAAAUCCAAAGCAUGGGUGUGAGGGUCAUGGAUACAUCUUGGGUGGCUCGAAGAGGCUCCUCAGCUGGUCGGAAAGCAUCCUGUGCCCCACCCUCCAUGCAGCCUCCUGCCCCGCCCGCUGAGCUGGCCACACCCCUGCCAUCGCCCCUGCCGGAGCAGGUCCCAGACAGCCCUGCCGCUCCUGCUCCCGCGCCCGCGCUCUCUCCAUCUGCCGCUAGCCUGCAGCCUGCAGCCGCCGAGCGCCCCAGCACAUCUAAAGGCAAGGAAUUAUCUCCAGGGUCUGGACAGAAAGGAAGUCCAGGCUCCGGCCAGGGGACAGCCUGCCCAGGGACGCAGCUGGGGCCACAGCCAGGUGCCAGCCCCAGCCAGCUACCUGCAGAGCAGAGUCCUCACACCCUCCGGAAAGUUUCAAAGAAGCUGGCACCAAUUCCUCCCAAGGUCCCCUUCGUGCAGCCAGGGGCUGUGACUGACCAGUCCGCCGGCCAGCCAUCUCCGGUCAGCCUGUCUCCCACCCCACCGAGCACCCCGUCGCCCUAUGGACUGAGUUACCCGCCAGGGUACUCCUUGGCCUCAGGCCAGCUGUCCCCUGCUGCAGCCCCUCCCCUGGCCUCUCCUUCCGUCUUUACGAGCACUUUAGCCAAAUCCCGGCCCACCCCUAAGCCCCGCCAGCGGCCCACCCUGCCGCCGCCUCAGCCUCCCACGGUCAGCCUCUCGGCUUCCAGUCCGCAGGCGACGGAGCACCCUAUGCUGGACGGCAUGUCUCCGGGGGAAAGCAUGUCUACAGAUCUUGUCCACUUCGAUGUUCCCUCCAUCCACAUAGAGCUGGGGUCCACGCUCCGCCUGAACCCCAUGGAGCAUGCACGGCGGCAUUCGGUGACUGACAAGAGGGACUCAGAGGAGGAGUCUGAGAGCACAGCCCUCUAACCUGCCCUGACACCUGUAUAUACAUUCAUGGGCCCCCGAGACUCACCGCCAGGAGCAGUGUCCCCAGGCCUGCCCAGGAUUCUCCAUUGGCCCUUUGCUGCGAGGUGGAGUGGGGCAGAGGAGAGCCUUCUCCCAUCUGUGUGGCGAAUGUUGGUGCAGAUUUCAUUUGUUCCUUUCGGGUGGUGACUUAAGCCUUUUGUUUGACCUUUGCCUUUUGACUUUGUGCCUAUUUUGACCCAUUUUUAGUCUCUACGCCAAACAGUAUUCGCCUUUGCAUCCAAGGACCUUUAGAAUGUCCUUGGCAAGGUGAGGGUGCAGGAGAGGGUCGAGAUACCUGGCGACACCUGAGUGCUGCUGCCUUGCCUGGGACAGUGACCUCAGGUAGUAGAGUCAGCUUCAGGGCCAGAGGGGAAGCAGGGCGGCAGACGGGCGCCAUUAACAGCUAGGCUAGAUCUGGAACUGCCUAAUCCCAGAGGGUGGGCCAGCCAAGAUGACCAUGUAGGCUACCCACAAUUCCAGCUCCAAAGUAAAUGGCUUAACACCUCCAUUUCUGGUAGUUUGGCUCUCCCCAUGUGACAAAAGUCUCCCUUUGCUCUUUAUUUGAUAUCCCUGAUGACUGGAGAUGUUUAUAGGGUUCUGGGUACCUCUCCAUGUCCCCUAAAUACACUAGUUAAGAGUAAUUUUGCCCAUACAGGUACCCAGUUCAGGAGGCAUAUGGGGGCCUGGAGCCCCUCUUCUUCUGGAGGUCACAGCUGACCAGCAAUAAUUCUGUUCCCCAAAACAGGUAGAGGAAGUGACCCUGGCCCCUGCGGCCUGCUCUGCUCUGCUCACCAGCAUCCCUCAGUCAUCCUCACCAAGCCCAUGCAGCCCUGGGGAGGGUGUGCAGAGAGGUGCGGGAGCCAGUUUGCACUUGGGGAUUGAGUGGAACAGAUCUGGGCCAUGCAUGCAAAGUCAAAAGUUUUAUCCUUUUAAAAUAGAUAUAACUAUACAUGAUAUAAUAUUUGUAUAUAUUAAAUCUAUAUUUGUUUAAUUUGAGCCAUUCAAUCUAAACCAGUGUACAGGUGUACAAUGAAGAAAAAAACCUAAAUGCUUAGUUAUUUUUCCCAACACUGUAAAGUCACCCUUCUGAGUGGGGUUUUGCAGACUUUUGAUGUUACAGCUUUGCUCGGUUCCUGUGCAAGGGCAGUUCAAUCCCCAAUUUGUAAUAGAGCCUGGGGGUUGAAGGUUAUCUUUAAAUACAUGUACAAAUUGUUGUCAAAAGUUAUGUUAUUAAACUAGAUUUAUUAUCCCUGA